CACUAUUCUUAGGCAAUUGAACAGUUUGAAAUUUGCCUCUGAAGGCAAAACGUGUUGCAAAAAAAAGUAAAGAGAAAGUUAUGAACUCAAUAAGGCUACUAGGGCUUUUGUUAGCAGCAGUUCUAACACAAGCAGGUGUAGUACCUUCAAGGAUAUGGAAUAUAGAUGGAAAAGUUAUAAAUUCGAUAACAGAUGGACCUACAAAUACUACAUUAAUACCAACAACAUUGACAACAGAAGGACCCUUAAAUACUACAUUAACAACAGAAGCACCCACAAAUAGUACCUCAAAGCCUCCUGUAACGGAAGGACCUGAAGGGGAGAUUCAAAACGGAGUGGUGGUUACAGGUGAUUGUGCUUUUCGCGUAACAGGCGAUUUACAUGAUCCAGCUCCUUUGUUUAGCGAACAUGGUAAAUACGAGUGGUUGGUACCAAAUCCUGAAGGUGUGGUAGAGAUUAAAAAUGGUCAAUAUAUUGAUAUGUAUUGUACGGAAUCUUUUGCUAAUCCCUUUGUCAACAAGUCCACCUUAACAGCACAAUGUUUACAAGGUCUAUACUUUCUGGUAAAUGGCACAAUUUAUCCCUUUAGCAACUUUAGCUGCACUGCUUGGCCAACUUAUACAGCACGUCGUACCGGAAGAGCAUGUAAUGGUGGUACAGAUUUAUUGGAAGUUGGUUUUGAAGUAACUGGAGGUUUUAUACAAACCAUGGACAUUUGUCAUGACGAAAUCAAUGAAGCAACACGUUACGUUCAUCAUGUACUCAAUCCCUCAAGUUCGAUGUAUCAACGUUCCGUUGCCAGGCCACGUUUUAUUGAAGGUGAUUUCUAUGCUGGUAAGAAUGUGGAUAAUCUAUAUACCAAGGUACAACAAAAUAAGACUCUUAGCUCUAUAUUGGGAAUGGAUGCUUCUGCCUAUUUCAAUGACAGCAUAGAUAUUUUCAUGGCUCGUGGUCAUAUGGGUGCUAAGACCGAUUUUAUAUUUGGCUCACCCCAACGAGCCACUUUUCUAUUUGUAAAUGUUGCCCCUCAAUGGCAGGCUUUCAAUGGUGGCAACUGGGAACGUGUGGAAGAUGGUGUGCGUAAAUAUGUGUCGAACAAGGGUUUAACUGUGGAUUGCUAUACUGGUACCUGGGGCAUAUCCACUUUACCCGAUGUCAAUGGCACACAAAAAGAAUUAUAUUUGACUUUUGAUGAGAACAAUAAUGGCUUGAUACCUGUACCCAAAAUUUACUUUAGAGUGGUUAUAGAUCGUGCUACCCGCCAGGGUAUUGUUUUAAUUGGUGUCAACAAUCCUCAUGCUUCUCUGCAGCAGGUCAAGGAGGAAUAUAUCAUUUGUAAGGAUAUUGGUGAUAAAAUCGAUUGGCUGCAAUGGGAUAAGAAUGAUUUACAUAAAGGUUAUUCGUACGCCUGUUCAGUACCCGACUUUUUAAGAGUGGUUAAGGAUUUGCCAGUAGAAUCUCUAGAAACAACAGGAGUUUUGGGUAUAAAUGAGGUGGGCUGCUCUUUUAGGGUAAGUGGUGAUUUAAAAGAUCCCGCUCCCUUAUUUGCCAAAGCUGGAGUUUAUGAUUGGUUAGUUCCCCAACCCAAUGGUCUAGUUGAAUUAAGUUAUGGUGAAGCCAUUGACAUGUAUUGCAGUAACUCUUUUGUCCAGCCCUUCGAAAAGCAUACCAAACUGACAGCACACUGUUUAAAGGGUUUCGAUUAUCUAGUAACUGAUAAAUACUACCAUUUUUCCAAUUUCUCCUGUUCAGCUUGGCCCACUUAUACAGCCAGACGUACUGGCAGACAGUGUAAUGGUGGCACCGAUUUACUAGAAGUUGGUUUUAAGGUUUCAGAAGGAUUUUUACAAACUAUGGAUAUAUGUCAUGAUGAAAUUAAUGAAGUAACCCGUUAUGUUCAUCAUGUACUUAAUCCUUCCAGUUCGGUGUAUCAACGUUCUGUAACACGACCCCGUUUCAUUGAAGGUGAUUUCUAUGGGGGCAAAAAUGUGGAUAAUUUAUAUACUAAAGUGCAGCAAAACAAAACCAUAAGCUCUAUAUUAGGCAUGGAUGCUUCUCCUUAUUUUAAUGAUUCCCUUAAUAUAUAUAUGGCUCGUGGCCAUAUGGCUGCCAAAGUAGAUUUCAUUUUUGCUUCACCUCAGCGCUCUACGUUUUUCUUUGUAAAUGUGGCUCCACAAUGGCAGGCAUUCAAUGCUGGUAACUGGGAACGUGUAGAAGAUGGCGUGCGUAAAUAUGUGUCCAACAAUGCCUUAACGGUAGACUGUUACACUGGUACUUGGGGCGUUUCCACUUUGCCCGAUGUUAAUGGCACUCAUCAAGAAUUAUAUUUGGCCUUCGAUGAGAAUAAUAAUGGUUUGAUACCAGUACCCAAAAUAUAUUUCCGUGUGGUAAUCGAUCGUGCCACACGUCAAGGUAUUGUUUUGAUUGGUGUCAAUAAUCCUCAUGCUUCACUGCAACAAAUUGAAAAGGAAUAUAUUAUUUGUAAUGAUAUUAGUCAUCAAAUUGAUUGGAUUAAUUGGUCUAAGAAAGAUCUUAUUAAGGGCUAUUCAUAUGCCUGUACUGUACCGGAUUUCUUGCAAACAGUUAAAGAUUUGCCCUUGGAACAACUGCAAACUACAGGCGUUUUGGGUCUAUCUAAGUUACCCGAAGAAGACCUUUAAAUAACUGCUUAUUUUUUUUACAACUAUUAAUCUUAAUCUCGAAAUAAUUGGAAAU